AUGGCGUGUGAUGCCCCCUAUCUAAUGAAAACAAAGAUGGUGGUGAUCUACGCAGCUCCAUCGCCAACUCAAGAGUCAGAGAACCCGGCGGGAGGAGAUGUCCCCGCGGCGUCUACGGAAGAGGCAGACAGUAACACCGAUGGUGCUGCCUCUGGUACCACGGAAGAGACCGGCACUUUUGGUGAUGGCACACGUCCUAAAGGCACCACAGAAGAGGCCACUGCCCCGGUUGGUGCAGUGGGCUCAAAGCCUGACAACAUCAAACCGGAGGAUGUUUACGGAUACAACAAACCGGAGGAUGUUUACGGACACAACAAACCGGAGGAUGUUUACGGAUACGACAAACCGGAGGAUGUUUACGGACACAACAAACCGGAGGAUGUUUGUGGACACAACAAACCGGAGGAUGUUUGUGGACACAACAAACCGGAGGAUGUUUACGGAUACGACAAACCGGAGGAUGUUUGCGGAUACAACAAACCGGAAGAUGUUUACGGACACAACAAACCUGAGGAUGUUUACGGACACAACAAACCGGAGGAUGUUUACAGCUACGACAAACCGGAGGAUGUUUACGGACACAACAAACCGGAGGAUGUUUGCGGACACAACAAACCGGAUGAUGUUUACGGACACAACAAACCGGAGGAUGUUUACGGCUACGACAAACCGGAGGAUGUUUACGGACACAACAAACCGGAGGAUGUUUACGGACACAACAAACCGGAGGAUGUUUACGGACACAAGAAACCGGAGGAUGUUUACGGAUACAACAAAUCGGAGGAGGUUAGCUGUGCUUACAAGGCUAGAGCAUAG